AUGGUUACUCAGGUUGCUUUGCCGAGCGAAGUUGUCCUCGCGAUAGUCGAACUCUUGGACAUCGAUACCUUUCUCGGCUUCCGCUUGAUAUGCCGCAGCUACAACAAUUUAAUAGACUCGCACAUGAGCAGCCUCGCCCUUGCCGUAGCACAUAAUACCUUUCCAACUCAGAAACGGAUUUUCGAACCAAAUCAGGAAGAUGGAGGUCGGAGGACUCAUGGCUGGCAUAUCAUCGCUCAUCUUGGGCGGAUCGUUGGACAAGCAAAUAGCCUUGCCGUCGACGAUCUUACAACGAUAGGUCGGCCUGAUCGCACGUCCACACCAAGCGAGCCACCAUGGACACCAGACAUGGUCGAAAAAGAGGGAUAUCAGUUCGUCAUGCAGGCACUCAUUCUCGAUGUGUUCGGACCUCAUCACAAUAGAGCCUCGUCUAGCGCUGAUGUCUGUCGGCUGGACUGCGUGACGUGGUUGAUCACCCGUCUUAUCCAACUCGGACCCCAGCGAUUCUGGCGUCAAUGGUGGAAAUGCAACCAGAAGGAUGCCCAUAAAUCUCAAUAUGAUACUGGAGACCUAGCCUAUGAAAUCGACGCUGCUUGGAAGUCGGCCGACCGACCGCUGUCACGCUGGGAACUGGACGGCCCAAGGUUGAUCGAGCAUCAGAUCAAUUCCAUACUAAUGCAAGUUAAAUCUGUCGUGGCUGAAUCAUACUCAACAAGGCUUGAAAGACGCCUUGGCCUCCUACGCGUUCAACGUGGGUACUUCGGUGGAUUGUGUUUACGAGUGAAGAGCACGCCCCAUGAAAAGCCACAGAUACCAUUCGUAUUUGGCUCUCUUCGCAUCAGCCAGCCGUUGAACUGGCAGCUUCUAGCAGAGGAUGCCGAGCAUCCACUCCAGAUUUCAAGCCAGGAGAGGCAUCAGCGACGCCAAGAGACGUUUCGACGACCAAAAGAAGAGCGAAUGCUGUAUUACAUCAGUCGGGAGGCAAUGGCUUUGUAUAGUCCUAGGCUACCGUAG